AGCAGUCAGCUCAAAUUAGACCGAGACGGGGGCAAUAAUUCAUUGCGAUAUUAGGUCCGUGUUGAAGCGCGUGCGUUAGCCAAUCAUACGCAUUCGUUCUCACGCCCUGGUUUGAGCCGCAUUUGUUUAGAUGUUAGUCUGCAGUGCUGUGAUUGGCAGAAACCGCGCUUCCGUUUGACUUCCCCAAAUAUUCCCACGCUCGUUUGUCAUUUGGCUAAAUUUAUCCAAAGCAGUGUGAGGAGUGUAAAGGUAUUUUGCUUUCUUGUGUGCAAGACGUGGAGAAAGGCAUGGGGAUGGAAAACUCAAACGAAAUCCCGCAGCUCGAAGAAUCUGUCGGACGAAAGUCCUCUAAACCAAUGAUGGAAAAAAGACGAAGGGCUCGUAUCAAUCAGAGCCUUAACGAGCUGAAAAUCCUUAUUCUUGAAGCAAUGAAAAAAGACACCUCAUGCUAUUCUAAGCUGGAAAAAGCAGAUAUCCUUGAAAUGACAGUGAAAUACUUAAGAGCUAUGAAAACCACGCAACAGCUAACAGGUAUCGUCCCAUCAGAUCCAUCUUCAGUUGCUCAGUAUAGGGCAGGCUUCAACGAGUGUGCGCUAGAAGUUACACGAUACUUCAUGGCCAAUGAUAAUGUAGACCUUCAGAUGAAAACGCGCAUUCUCUCGCAUCUCGCAAGUGUUUGCCGGCCCUAUGAACAGCAACAAGUUCCGCACAAUCCGAGGGUCCCAGUCCAGCAUCCAAUAUUUCCACCAGCUGUCAGUCACUCUGGGUCUGCUCAUCAAACGAGUUUAACGGUCUCCAAGGCAACAGAACUUCAAAACGUGUUCGUUGGUCCCACACAGUUUCAAAUAGUGCCAGGCCAAUUAGCCAAUGGUAGACUAGCUGCUGUACUAGUUCCCAGUCCAGCGAGUGGACCAGGCGUCUCAUCUAUGCCACAGCUUCUUCCAAUGUUUAGCAAACCACCCACAGACUUUCAAUCCCUCCCAGGGUACCAUUUAACCACUUCCCAUGGGGGGAGGGGUCAGGGGGCCGACAAUGUGUGGAGACCCUGGUGACAUGGGUCUGUCGAAGACUUGUAAAUUUUAUUCCUAAUUAGCUCAGCUAUUAACAUUUUUUUAUUAUUUACUCAGACUGAAAGAGAUAUGCUUUCUUACAUAUGCUUUCGUACAUGAGCCUUAAUCAAUGCUUGUUGCUGAUUAGUACGGUAGCAAUGUUACAGAUAUUUCAUCAGGUUUCCACCACACUAACAGACAAAUACAGAACACAUUUCUUAGUAGGCAGCACUAAGGUUUAGAUGAGACAGGUAUUAACUUUCAGGUGCAGUAUUUGUUAGCUUUGAAGGCCUUAUGUGCAAUGGAGAGACUAGAAGUGACUUAGUUUGUUAGGGUACGGCCACUUAGAUGAGUAGAGUUUUCUACUUUCAUAUUCAUAUACAUAGGGUUUUCGUUUAUGAUCAGAAAGCCUUUAAUCCCAUAACACUAAUAAAGUAGUCUUACUAUUC